GAUCCGUUUCUUGGAACUGAAAGGCGUUAUCAUCUUUUGUAAAUAAAGAAAAUGGAUACGCAAAAAAUUCUCUUAUUUACCUUGGCGUUGUUUUGUUUUGAUCUGUCCGAUAGUGCGCCAGUUUUCAAUGGCUUGUUGAAAGAUACGAACGCAUCAAACAAAUAUGAGGAAGAUUUUCGAUCAGAAGUAUCUGUAGUAUCAGACAAUGUAACAGCAUAUAAUGUUUCUAAAGAUGACUUGAUGAACAAUUUGACCAACGGUGACUUACCAUUAGUUCUACAAGAAAAGUCUACCUUGAAAAUAGGUGGUAAAGGUAAAACAGGGGGAGGAGGCUCGAAAAGUAACAAAGGUGGCAGUAAAGGGGGUGGUCGCAUUACCAUAUAUAGACCGAUAAGAAAAUACAAUCAUUCCAGUGGUGAUUCAACAAUCACAUAUAUCAUGAUUGGGUGGUUAGGUUUCUUAGGUGUGGGUGUCGGGAUUGCACUAUGGAUAAGUAAAAGGUGUGAAAAAAAUGAGGAUGAGAACAUUGAAAUGGUGAACAAGAACAAAGACAACAGCCAGGGAGAAAAGGAGAAAGUGAACAAAAAGGAGAGCAAUGAAAAAGAUAAGAAAGAAGAAAGCGAGAUGAUUUUAAAAAAGAAUGAGGAACAUACGUGUAAUAAUAAUAAAUACUGCUCUAUAAAAUAUUAAAAUUUUUAGAGAUGUGUUUAAAAAAUUUUUAUACAUUAGAAACAGUGUUUAACAGUCUGUACAUUAAAGCAGUAUACAUUAAAAACGGUUUACAUUAUCCCUUAAAUGUUUAAAUUUAAAACUGUAAUUCUAUACACAAAAUUACUAGAAAAAUAAAUGAUUUUUCUUGUAAUUUUGAACAUCAAUAACGCAAAAAAUUAAUACCCUUCUCCAUUUACUAAAAAUCCGGUUGCACUCUCCAGUGGAUACCAGCUCAUGUUUGAAUCGAGGGGAACGAAUGCUCAGAUGCCCUUGCACGCGACGAAGAUCAACCUCGAGCUGUCAUCUGAGCAGAUGCGAAUGCUGUCGCCAGGCGAAGGAUAUACAACCAGCUUUUCAGCAAUGCAACAAUCCCCGAUCUGAACUGCCCACGAAACUUCUCCUCUACAAUAGCUAGGCUACGCAUACUAGACAUUUCAAAGGCAUGAAGAUCUCACACACCAAUAUAAAAUUCUAUCCCAUCUGCAAGUACUGUCCUCAUUUGCAACUAACUCCAGACUAUGGUUUUGACUGCCAUCGGCUCCCUCUUUCAACUUGGAGCACCCCCAAUCGAAAUUCUCCAUGGCCAUCGGAUUCCAGAACUUGCAAAUCUUGUUAUUAAGACUUUUGGAGGACUCUAAUCUUUGCACUAGCUCUGUAUGCUUAGACACGACAACAACAACAAUAAAUUAUUGCAAAAUUUUCUUACAAUAAGCAUCUCAGUUUGUGAAUGUAAUUUGAAAUGGAUUUGAGGGAUUUUGUGCUUCAUAAAAAGUAUGUUAAUGUAUGUAAUAAUUAUCUUAAAAGAAAUGUGUUAAAAUAGAUGUUCAAAAUGUUCGCAAUUUUUAAACUAUUGUCAUGGAUAAAUUU